AUGUCAAACCCCCCGUCCUCCAUCUUAUCAGGUAAACAUCGACCUAGAUCAUCUUCGUUAUCUUUAUCCAUAGCAAGAUCACCUUCAGUCCUGUCCUCCGGAUUAUUCUUCCCUCCGCCGUCAACUUCAACUCCGACAGCGAACGAUGAUAUAGAACUGGAAAUUCAGACACACCCAAAUGUUUAUGGUGUACAUCAAUAUAAUCCUGUAAGGAGAGUGUUAUCUGCUGGAGCAAAUAGAAUUUUAGAUCCUAUUUUAUCAGAAGAAGAUUUACCUUCUCUAGAGAGUGCAGCUAGUAGUAGUACGCCACAUCUGAGCCAAUACAACGAUCAUUCCUUCUCAAAUCGACGUGGCUCAGCUUUGUCCGGUGGCUCUCAAGGUAGGAUUGAUGGAGAUAAUAGUAAUCUGGAAGAAGAAGAAGAAGAGUAUGAUCAUAAUGAUACAAGCAAUUCCAAACCACUCUUAUCGCGAAAAGUGAUGCUUUCAGGACACAACGUUUCACCCACUGCUCAUGCUCUAUCAAGAACAACUACGAGAGGAUCAGUGAAUCUAGAAUAUGAAAAUUCCGAUAACAAUAUGGAGUAUGACGGUCCAUUCCAACCUCCGGAUUCCAAGGAAUUGCUGUCGAUCAUGUUGAGUAUUGGAGGAGUGAUCAUUUUGGCCAUAGCUGCCGGCUGCACAACCAUCUUCGAUUGGGUCUUAUAA